CCCGUGCGGCUCGUGGCUUCACGUGCUGUCAUUCAACAUGGUUCAGCUACUCAUUUUAGUUUUUGUCCUUUUUGCACACACUCUUUCGGCAAGGCACUUUAUUAGCGAUAAGCCGAGCUGCUACAAGCCCGUGGCCAGGAAACCAAGCUUUGGGGUGAGAACCGAGGCCCGUCCACAUGAACUCCUGAACCUCAAUCAGCUGCCCAAGUCCUGGGAUUGGAGGAAUGUCAACGGUAUCAACUACGCCAGCACCACUCGUAACCAGCACAUCCCUCAGUACUGUGGCUCCUGCUGGGCUCACGGCAGCACCAGUUCAAUGGCAGAUCGCAUCAACAUCAAGCGGAAAGGAGUUUGGCCGUCGGCUUAUCUGUCCGUCCAGCACGUCCUCGACUGCGCCGACUCUGGCACCUGUAACGGCGGGGACCACGGAGGGGUGUGGGAGUACGCCCACAACCACGGCAUCCCUGACGAGACCUGCAACAACUACCAGGCAACUGACCAGAAAUGCCAACCUUUCAAUGCAUGUGGGACUUGCACAACUUUUGGGGAGUGCAACAUUGUGCAGAACUUCACGCUGUGGAAAGUGGGUGACUUUGGAGUCAUUAGUGGAAGGGAUAAAAUGAUGGCUGAAAUCUAUGCAAGAGGACCAAUUAGCUGUGGAAUCAUGGCCACGAAGAAGCUCGACGCAUACACUGGGGGUUUGUACUCUGAAUAUGUGGAAGUUCCCACCAUUAACCACAUUGUGUCGGUGGCCGGGUGGGGGCAAGAAAAUGGCACAGAAUACUGGAUUGUGCGCAACUCCUGGGGAGAGCCAUGGGGUGAGAAGGGCUGGCUGAAGAUUGUGACGAGUGCCUACAAGGGGGCAUCUGGGAGCUUGUACAAUCUCGCUUUGGAGGAAGACUGUAUGUACGGAGAUGUGAUUCUGCCCUCAACCUACCUUUAGUAGUCCUGGACCAUGUAUUUGCAUAAAUUAUAAGACAAAUUGCUAAAUUAAGGUCCAAAUUUGUUGCUAUUGCUUUGUAUCUUUCUAUCUUAAAUAAAAUUUGUACACUCAGAA